UGCAUGAGUGCCAUGCAGGCAGGGACGCAGAUGGUGAAGCUCCGAGGCGGCUCCAAGGGCCUGAUGCGCUUCUACUUCCUGGACGAGCACCGCUCCUGCAUCCGCUGGCGGCCCUCACGCAAGAACGAGAAGGCCAAGAGUGAUCUCAUCGACUCCAUCCAGGAGGUGAGUGAGGGCCGGCAGUCCGAGAUCUUCCAGCGCUACCCGGACAGCAGCUUCGACCCCAACUGCUGCUUUAGCAUCUACCAUGGCAGCCAGCGCCAGUCCCUGGACCUGGUCUCGCCCAGUGGAGACGAGGCACGCACCUGGGUCACCGGCCUGCGCUACCUCAUGGCUGGCAUCAGCGACGAGGACAGCCUGGCCCGCCGCCAGCGUACCAGGGACCAGUGGCUGAAGCAGACGUUUGAUGAGGCUGAUAAGAAUGGGGAUGGCAGCCUGAGUGUCGGUGAGGUCCUGCAGCUGCUGCACAAGCUGAACGUCAACUUGCCCCGGCAGAGGGUGAAGCAGAUGUUCAAGGAAGCGGACACAGACGAGCGCCAGGGCACACUGGGCUUUGAGGAGUUCUGCACCUUCUACAAGAUGAUAUCCACCCGCCGGGACCUGUACCUGCUCAUGUUGACCUAUAGUGACCACAAGGGCCCGCUGGCCGCCGCCGACCUCCAGCGCUUUCUGGAGGUGGAGCAGAAGAUGACGGGUGUGACGCUCGAGAGCUGCCAGGACAUCAUCGAGCAGUUUGAGCCCUGCCCGGAAAACAGGAGUAAGGGGAUGCUGGGCAUUGAUGGCUUCACUAACUACACGCGGAGCCCCGCUGGCGACAUCUUCAACCCGGAGCACCACAGCGUGCGUCAGGACAUGACCCAGCCACUGAGCCACUACUUCAUCACCUCGUCCCACAACACCUACCUCGCGGGAGACCAGCUCAUGUCGCAGUCACGGGUGGACAUGUACGCCUGGGUCCUGCAGGCUGGCUGCCGCUGCGUGGAGGUGGACUGCUGGGACGGGCCCGACGGGGAGCCCAUCGUGCAUCACGGCUACACUCUGACCUCCAAGAUCCUCUUCAAAGACGUCAUCGAAACUAUCAACAAAUAUGCCUUCAUCAAGAACGAGUACCCGGUGAUCCUGUCCAUCGAGAACCACUGCAGCAUCGUGCAGCAGAAGAAAAUGGCCCAGUAUUUGACUGACAUCCUCGGGGACAAGCUGGACUUGUCAUCAGUGAGCAGCGAGGAUGCCACCACGCUGCCCUCUCCACAGAUGCUCAAGGGCAAGAUCCUGGUGAAGGGCAAGAAGCUCCCAGCCAACAUCAGUGCAGACGCAGAGGAAGGGGAGGUGUCGGACGAGGACAGCGCGGAUGAGAUGGAUGAGGAUUGCAAGCUGCUCAAUGGGGAUGCCUCCACCAAUCGGAAGCACGUGGAAAACAUCGCCAAGAGGAAACUGGAUUCCCUAAUCAAGGAGUCGAAGAUUCGAGACUGCGAGGAUGGAAACGACUUCACCACGUCCACACUGGGGAGACCUGGGCACAAGGCUGGGGGCAGAACGGCUGAGGAGCACGUGGAGCCUGGGGAGGACGCUGGGGCCAGCAGACGGAGCAACAGAGUCCUCGUGGGCAGCUUCUCCAAGCGCAAGAAAAAGAGCAGCAAGCUGAAGAAGGUGGCCAGUGUCGAAGAGGAGGGCGAAGUCCUGGACUCGCAGGGCAGCCAGUGCCGGGGGGCCACCCGCCAGAAGAAGACCAUGCAGCUGUCACGGGCCCUGUCAGACCUGGUGAAGUACACCAAGUCUGUGGGCUCCCACGACGUGGACACGGAGGUGGCGUCCAGCUGGCAGGUGUCCUCCUUCAGCGAGACCAGGGCCCAGCAGAUCCUGCAGCAGAAGCCGGUGCAGUACCUGCGCUUCAACCAGCACCAGCUGUCGCGCAUCUACCCGUCCUCCUACCGAGUGGACUCCAGCAACUACAACCCGCAGCCCUUCUGGAAUGCCGGCUGCCAGCUGGUUGCCCUGAACUAUCAGACGGAGGGGCGGAUGCUGCAACUGAACCGGGCCAAGUUCAGCGCCAAUGGCAACUGCGGCUACGUGCUCAAGCCCCCGUGCAUGUGCCACGGCCUCUUCAACCCCAACUCCGAAGACCCCCUGCCGGGGCAGCUCAAGAAGCAGCUGGUGCUUCGGGUCAUCAGCGGGCAGCAGCUCCCUAAGCCUCGGGACUCGAUGCUGGGCGACCGAGGAGAGAUCAUCGACCCCUUCGUGGAAGUGGAGGUCAUCGGGCUCCCCGUGGACUGCCGCAAGGAGCAGACUCGUGUGGUGGACGACAAUGGAUUCAACCCCAUGUGGGAGGAGACGCUGGUGUUCAUGGUGCACAUGCCUGAGAUUGCACUGGUGCGCUUCCUCGUCUGGGACCACGACCCCAUCGGGCGAGACUUCAUUGGCCAGAGGACACUGGCCUUCAGCAGCAUGAUGCCAGGCUAUCGGCACGUGUACCUGGAGGGGAUGGAAGAGGCCUCCAUCUUUGUCCACGUGGCCAUCAGUGACAUUAGUGGUAAGGUCAAGCAGGCGCUCGGCCUAAAAGGCCUGUUCCUCCGAGGCCCAAAGCCCGGCUCCCUGGACAGUCAUGCUGCUGGGCGGCCCCCGCCCCGGCCCUCCGUUAGUCAGCGGCUCCUCAGGCGCACCGCCAGCGCCCCGAUCAAGAGCCAGAAACCCGUUCGCAAGGCCCUCCCGGAGCUGGUCCUGGGCACGCAGGACACGGGCUCCGAAGGGGAGGCCCACGACGUGGCCCUCCCCAGCCCCGGCCUCACCCCAGCGGCCCCAGCCUGGGAGGAGCCCGGAGGCCACAGCCCCCGAGAUACCCGCCCCUUCUCCAUGCAGAGGUCAGUGUCCUCCCUGUGCAGCCUGGAAACCAUUGCUGAGGAGCCAGCUGUGGGCCCCGGGCCCCCACCUCCGCAGGCUGCCCUGCCCAGCCCCUCCCUGGGAGGGCCACAGUGCUCUGGAGGACCCGGCACCAAAGCCCUGAGCCCCCAUGGGGACACUGAACCAGCCCCCAACAGCAGGCAGAGGGCGUGCAAUGGAGGGGAGCCCGGUGGGGCGUGCGAUGAGGCCCCCAGCACCCAGACGGACAGCAGGGGUCACCCCCGAGCUCUGGGCCAUCUGCCCAUGGUGAGAAGGUCCAAGAAUGAGGGGCAGGUGCCCUCAGAGCCCCUGGGUAGACGACGGUCCCUGGCCGGGCCCUCAGCUGCCAUGUACUUGGACGCCACGGGCGGAGACAGACUGUGGCAGCGGCUGGAGCCAGGCAGCCACGGUGACAGUGUGUCCUCAUCCUCUAGCCUGUCAUCCAGUGACACAGUCAUUGACCUCUCGCUGCCGGGCCUGGGCCUGGGGCUGGGUCAUGAGAGCCUCUCGGGGACCCCGGCUGGAUGCCUGCCCCUGAGGCCCUACUCAGCCUCCGUGACCAAGAGCAAAUCUAACCCCAACCUGCAGGCUGCAGGGCAGUUACCUGCAGCCCCUGACGAGCUUCGGCCCCGCCCCCUGGCCCCUAGGCCACCCUGGGGCUUUCUCCCGCUGGCAGGACUCCAGGACUGCCCCAUGGCCACCAAGUCCAAGAGCCUGGGGGACCUGACUGCUGAGGACUUCGCCCCCCGAGUUGAGAGCCUGGGCAGACGCCUGGGCCGCAGCCUGGGCACGGCUGGGGAGGGGCCGGUGGGGCAGUGUCCUCGGCGGGACCCCCUGACGGAGCAGCUGCGGUGGCUCACGGGCUUCCAGCAGGCCGGAGACAUCAUGUCACCCACCAGCCUGGGCCCCGCCGGGGAGUGGGCGGCAGGGGGCACAGGAUUUCUGCGGCGUUCCUCCUCCCGCAGCCAGAGCCGUGUGCGUGCCAUUGCCAGCCGGGCCCGGCAGGCCCAGCAGCGGCAGCAGCAGCAGCGCCUGCAGGACCCCAGGGGACCCCCCGAAGAGGAGCGGGGCACCCCUGAAGGCGCCUGUUCCCUGGGCCAGGAAGGUUUUGGGGAUGCGCCGGCCCCUUCAAAGAGUGCCGCCGGCCUCCUGCUCAGACUCUGACCGAGCCCCCGAGGUGGGCUUUAGCCACGCAGCGGCUGGCGGGGUCCAGUGUUUGCUCAGGACACGGAGCAUGCUCGUCCCCAAAGCUGUGGGCCCUGUGGCGUCCCUGCCCCUUCUCCUGGGGAGGAAGGGAGCCCGCCCCCGGGGCUGGGCAGUGUUCACAGUGUUUGAAGAUAUAUACAUAGAGAUAUUUAAAUUUUUACAGACAAAGCUUCUACAUUUAAAUGGUGCCGAGUCCUUUCCCAUGUUCCCCUGGUCCUUAGCCAGGUGGGUCUGUGGGCACGUCUGCUGGCCCUGCCACGUGCCCCGAGCCACCCCAGCUGUGUUUGGCUUCCUCUGCUCUGUACGGGACUUUUUAGACUCUGUAAUGUCCUGAACAUUCCAAUAAACACGUUUAGGCUUGCUCCACGUGGGGCUGCCCCCCAGGCUCCCCGCCUG